AUGGUUGCAUAUACCAUCCAUGAAUUACCUCAUUGUAUUGGGUAUGUAGAUGGUACUGAAAUCAAGUUGGCAGAAAAGCCGUUAGAUGAUCCUGAAUCGUAUUUUUCGCGAAAACAUAUUUAUUCUUUAAAAGUACAGGGAAUUUGUGACUAUCGUCUGAGAGUCCGGAACCUAGUGUUGGGAUAUCCGGGAAGCGUGCACGAUGCUACAAUAUUUAACAACUGCGAGUUAUCUUUAAUUCCGAAAAAAAUUUUUACUGGUGCAGAAUGGUUGGUUGGUGAUAGUGCGUACAAAUUAACUGGCACUGUAGUUACUCCUUUCAGAACAAAUGCGACGGAAAGAAGUAUAAAAGAACGCACUGAUUUUAAUAAAACUUUGAGUCGUUACCGAAUAAGGAUUGAACACUGCUUUGGUAUAAUUAAAGAGCGUUUUAAUAGCCUAAAAGAGUUAAAAAUACAAAUAAAAAACAAGUCAUCUAUUAAACGUGCCUGUAAUUGGGUUUUGGUAUGCGCCAUAUUGCAUAAUAUUUUAUUGGACCAGAAUGAAGAAGAAAUUGAUUUAACAUUAUCCACUGGAAAUCCCUGUGAGAUUGAAAUGGAAAAUUAUAACGAAGAACCUGCAAAUCACUCCACAAUCGAGGGAGAAGUAAAAUGA